AUGUGGAGCGACCGUGCCGUCAAACUGGUGUCGUCCCUGCUGCCGUUGCUGUUCGUCGUAGCCGUCCUCGCCGGUAAAGAUCCCGCCAAACCGGUCGAUGGUGUGGCCAUCGCUAGUACCCCGUCCAAGUCUCAACCGGCGGUCCCAGCGGUACCGAAGAAGGCACCCCAUGGUAAACGUGAGGUGGGCGGUUACCAUCAUCACCACCAACGCUACUCCUUUGGCCACUCGGUGCAGCAACCCUUUGGAGAGUUCUACGCACCGGCCACGAGUCAUGGCUCCUAUAGCUACAGCAUUCCUCAGCAUCACGCGCCAUCACCGUUGUACGGCUCGUUUAGCUCGCCUAAGCUGUACUUAGGCUCACCUUCUCUGAAGUACUCGUCAGCACCUUCAUUGGGCGCCUCAUCACACGCGUUCUACUCACCUUUGGGUCACCAACAUACGGCACCUUUCGGUGGAUUUGCCGACGUCGGUCCUGCUAAGUAUGCUGGAGGUUUUGGCUCGAAGGAUAUCAGCGAGCUGCUGAAGCAGUUGCAUGCCGUUGGUCCGCUCACGAUCAAAGCCGUCCCGAGUAGUUACGCUUACGGAUCGUUCGGUGAUCAUGGUGAUUCCGCUGGAAAUCCGCUUCUGUUCGAUACCAGCCCGUUCCAGCUGAAGCCUGUCACGUUGAAACUGCACGAUUUCUCGAACCUACCGCAUGCUGCCGCUCUCACAGCACCCGCUCCCUUUGAGCCCUCGUACGCCAGUGGUGUUAAAGGACUGCGCCAUUACGCGGGACCAUCUCACAGCUCUGCAUCAGAGCUGUACACGCCCGGAAAGUACGCUUCGGUAGUGAGCCAUCAGCAACCAACGACGGCCACGAUGGUAUCACCGUUGCACACAUCCGUCCACUCGACGUUGGGCCAUCCGAAGCCCUUCAAACCGUCCACUUACCUUGGUUCCACGCACGAAACCAUCUCAUCACCGUCUACGUCUCACGUGCAGACGUACCUAGCGCCAUCCCUGCAAUAUCUGCCACCCGUUGGUAAAGGCUCACAUGUCCACAAACUUAGCUACGAUUCGCCAGCCAAGCACGGUUACUUGCCACCCCCGCCACCACCACCAGCGCCCUCCACUAAUGCGUACCUUCCACCGAAACCGGCCCACGGAUAUCUGCCACCGGUGUCGAGCAGCGGCACGGGUUCCAACUACAUCCCACUGUCCACGGGUUCGUCAUCGGCGCCAUCUUCCCUUGGUUCGCACGAGGACACCCUACGGAAGGGACAUCCACACCAUGGGGGGGAACAUUCGAGCGAGAGUCUAGAGUAUAGCGGGGCGACGGGAGCGUCCCCAACGCCAACAUCCGUCACGCCACACUACUGGAAGCACUAA